AUGGAUCCUUCUGCCUCCCUCCACAUGCCGAAGAACUUCACAAGCCACAGUCAGCUCAGUAGUGGCUGGGUCAAUGGCUCUGGAGUGUCUCUAACCAAUGAUGGAACUCUCUUCCACAUGCUGGCCCUCUGCACCAUGGUCUUGAUGGACAUCCUGGCUGUGGUAGGCAACCUGACCAUAAUGGCAGUCAUUGCCAGGGCACCGCGCCUGCACAAGUUCAUCUUUGUUUUCCACCUGUGUCUGGUGGAUCUCUUGGCUGCUCUAGUGCUAAUGCCUCUGGGGAUGUUGACCGAGCAGGUGUUCUUUAAUGAAACUGUGUGUCAGGCAUACCUGUGCUUGAGUGUUGGCCUCAUCAGUGCCACCAUCCUCACCAUCUCGGCCAUCAAUGUGGAGCGGUACUACUACAUUGUGCACCCGAUGCGUUAUGAGGUUAAAAUGACCAUUGGUCUGGUAGUUUCUGUUCUUGUUGCCAUAUGGAUCAAAGCAACACUCAUGGCUGCUCUUGCCUUGCUGGGAUGGACACUGCAAAGGGAGGAGGAAGUGCAGUCAAACCUGGUGUUGGAACCUAGAUGCUGCUCUUUGCAUUCAAUGAAUAGAGGGCCCCACCGCUUGGUUUUUAUGCUCCUCUUUGCACUCAUAUACUUCCUCUGUCCGGUAUUUAUCAUUCUUGUGGUUUACUGUAACAUGUUCAAGGUAGCCAGAGUAGCUGCUAUGCAACCAGGUCCUGUGCCUACGUGGGUGGAGACUCCACGGCCUCGUUCAGACUCUUUAAGCAGUCGUUCUAGCACAGCAGCAAGUCUCGCAACAACUCGCAACACACCUCAGAGGACAUUUGGUGGUGGGAAGGCGGCAGUCGUACUGGUGGCUGUUGGGGGUCAGUUCCUAGGUUGCUGGCUCCCCUAUUUCUCUUUUCACCUCUACUCGGCCAUUAUUGCCUCCUCUCCUGCCACUCUGGCUCAAAUAGAAGACGUGGUCACUUGGAUAGGUUACUUCUGCUUCACCUCCAAUCCCAUUUUCUACGGCUGUCUGAACCGGCAGAUCCGUGAGGAGUUGGCGAGAAAUGUGGCAUGCGUCUUUAAGUGGGGGCGGCCACAUGAGGAGGAAGAGCAGUUGCCCAGCAGAGAGGCUUCUAUCGAAGAGAACUUCCUCCAGUUCCUCCAGGGCACUGGUUGUAACCUGGGGCCCAGGAACUCACAAAGCAUCUCUGUCCCCCAGAAGGAUGACGAGGACACUCUUUCUGCUCAUCACAGACCUUCGGUUGACUUCCACAUCCCCGGACAAAUCAUGGAAGAGACAUCAGAAUUCAUUGAUCAGCAGCAGCUGAAUGAUCUCAAUAUAACAGGCAACUGUUUCAAAACAAUGUCUGAGCUGCAGGGUUAA